AUGAAGGAGGACAAGAAGCAAAGUAUUGUCCUCCAGAAAUGGUGUGUUCUACUCUCCAUAUUUGCUCUCUUUCCCUUCUCUCAGUCCUUCAACUAUAGCGAUGCUCUCACCAAGAGUCUCCUCUACUUUGAAUCUCAGCGCUCCGGUCGCUUACCUCACAACCAGAGGGUCAUUUGGCGUGAUCAUUCCGGCCUCAACGAUGGCAUAGAACAAGGAGUGGACUUGGUGGGAGGUUACUAUGAUGCUGGUGAUAAUGUGAAAUUUGGUUUGCCAAUGGCGUUUACUAUAACGAUGCUUUCUUGGGGUGUCAUAGAAUACGGCAAAGAGAUAACGGAUUCCGGCGAGUACAGUCAUGCCCUUGAAUCUAUAAAAUGGGGGACAGACUAUUUCAUAAAAGCUCAUACUCAUCCAAAUGUUUUCUGGGCGGAGGUGGGCGAUGGAUUCACGGAUCACUAUUGUUGGCAAAGGCCAGAAGAUAUGACGACGUCUCGGCAAGCCUACAAGGUCGAUGAGAAAAACCCCGGAUCAGAUAUUGCCGGGGAGACUGCCGCAGCAAUGGCAGCAGCUGCCAUUGUGUUUAGGAAAACAAACCCACAUUACUCAGGCCUCCUUUUAGACCAUGCAAAACAGUUGUUUGAGUUUGGUGACAAAUAUAGAGGCAAGUAUGAUGAGAGCAUAAAGGUGGUUAAAGGCCACUAUACAUCUUGGAGUGGAUACAUGGAUGAGUUGCUCUGGGCAGCUAUUUGGUUGUACAAGGCUACAAACAAUGAAGAUUAUUUGAACUAUGUUUUGACCAAUGCUCAAGCUUUUGGUGGCACCACUUGGUCCAUCACAGAGUUUAGCUGGGAUGUUAAGUAUGCUGGUGUUCAAAUCAUUGCUUCAAUGUUACUCAAGGAAGCAAAGCACAAAAAGCACGAGCACACACUGAAACAGUACCUCUCAAAAGCUGAGUACUACAUGUGUUCUUGCCUUGGCAAGAACAACAACACCAACGUGCGACGCACCCCAGGAGGCUUACUGUACAUCCGCCAAUGGAACAACAUGCAAUACGUUUCAACUUCUGCAUUUCUCCUCACAGUUUACUCUGAUCAUCUCCAGGCCACUCAUCAGAAUCUGAACUGCGACAAAGGGCAGGUAGGCCCUGACGAAAUGUUAGCUUUUGCCAAGUCACAGGUUGAUUACAUUUUGGGGUCUAAUCCAAGGGGCUUGAGCUACUUGGUUGGGUACGGUCCAAACUACCCUCUGAGGCUGCACCACAGAGGAGCAUCCAUUGAUUCGUAUAAGAGGAACAAGGGAUUUAUUGGGUGCACGCAGGGAUAUGAUAACUGGUAUGGAAAUAAGGAUCCGAACCCGAAUGUGGUUGUCGGAGCAUUAGUUGGUGGCCCGGAUGGAGAUGAUGGAUUCAGGGAUGAGAGGUGGAAUUACAUGCAGACAGAGGCAUGUACUUACAAUACUGCAACACUGGUUGGGGUUUUUGCUAAGUUGCAUGGGUAA